CUUUCCGUCACGUGACAAAACACGGACGUCUCGUCUGACAAACGCCGUGUUUUAGCAGGAAGCCGAUACGAUGAGGCUGGUCAUUCUGGACGACUAUGACCUGGCCAGCGAGUGGGCAGCCAAAUACAUCCGCAACAGAAUCAUUCAGUUCAAGCCCUCGGCUGACAGGUACUUCACCCUGGGCCUACCGACAGGGAGCACUCCCUAUGGCUGUUACCAGAAGUUAAUUGAAUUCUACAGGAGUGGAGAUAUUUCAUUCAAAUAUGUGAAGACCUUCAACAUGGAUGAAUAUGUCGGUCUACCUCGUGCUCAUCCUGAGAGCUAUCACUCCUACAUGUGGAACAACUUCUUCAAGCACAUCGACAUUGACCCAGCCAACGCUCACAUCCUGGACGGGAACGCAGAGGACCUGGAGACGGAGUGCCAGGCCUACGAGCAGAAGAUCGCAGAGGCUGGAGGAAUUGAGUUGUUCGUAGGAGGUAUUGGCCCUGAUGGCCACAUAGCGUUCAACGAGCCCGGUUCCAGCCUUGUUUCCAGGACCAGAGUGAAAACCCUGGCUAAGGAUACCAUUGUGGCCAAUGCUCGUUUCUUCGGCAACGACCUCAACAAGGUUCCCACCAUGGCUCUCACCGUGGGCGUAGGAACCGUCAUGGACGCCAAGGAGGUGAUGAUUCUGAUCACAGGAGCACACAAAGCCUUUGCUCUGUAUAAAGCCAUAGAGGAGGGGGUGAACCACAUGUGGACCGUGUCAGCAUUCCAGCAGCACCCGCGCACCAUCUUUGUCUGCGACGAAGACGCCACCCUGGAGCUACGGGUCAAAACGGUCAAAUACUUCAAAGGUCCACCAAGCACUGAUGAUGCAGAAUGACAUCACCAAAAACUGUCCACAGAAUGAGUUUAAUGCAUGUUCAUAACCGACUGGUGGACCCGGUGCUCAGCAUAAAGGACCAGUGAAAGGGAGAGGAUCACAGAGGAAGGGCGCUGAAGACACUCCGGACAUGUUUUCUGUGCUACUGUUUCGCAUCGGAGACGCCGUCGGGCCAGUGUUUGAGUGGCUGUCCCUACCACGGGACACUGCUCAUGGAUGGACUUAAAAGUCCUUUGGAUAAUCUCACAGGUAAUUAAUGUUGUAAGGAGAGACUCCCUCUGAGGUUCUUUGUUUAAAGGGACAGUACCAGUUGACUUUUUUUUUUCUUGUUUCUUGAUCUUCUUUUUUGCCCAGUAUGGGAUCUUUGAAGGCUAGAGUCAAAGUCCUGACAGUAAAUGUAAAGCCUUAACACAAAUAAAUGUC